ACAGCCAGCGGAUGGUCUGGACGCAGGACCGAUUGAAGGACCGCCAGCGCGUGGUCCACUGGGACCUGUUCCGCUCGGCGCCGGACUACGCCAUGGAGCGGGUUCUAGACAUGUUCUCCGCCGGGGAUCAGCGGAUCUACAACGCCUACAACAAGAACCGGAUCAGCCUGGCCAAGAGCGCCUUCACCGACGGCAACUUCUCCCUGGUCAUCAAGGAUGUUGUCUCAAGUGAUAAAGGACUCUACAGCUGCAACCUGCACCACCACUACUGCCAUUUGUAUGAGUCCAUCAAAGUCCAGCUCAAUGUCACCAAAUCAGCGCGUAAGGAACGUAAGUUCUGGGAUGGAGAGAAGGCGGUGUUUGUGGUUCUGGUGGGUUCCACGGUGGUUCUGCCGUGCGUGAACCGCCGGAGCAUCUGGACGGACGGCGGUGGUGAGCAGCAACAAGUGGUCCCAUGGGACGGCAGUCUCCUAAGCGUCCCAAGUCCACGAGCCCAGCGGCAGUGGUGGCCUGUCACCGCGUCCGGCCCGGCGCCGCCCUCUGGGCAGCUGUUCCUCCGGCGCGCAGACAUCACGGCCGAGGCGUUUGCGUACGGCGACUUCUCCCUCGAGGUGUCGGACCUCAGCGCGGCUGACCAGGGCCUGUACUCCUGCCACCUGCACCACCACUACUGCGGCCUCCACGAGAGACGCAUCUUCAGGCUGACCGUUACGCCUCCUGCUCCCACUCAGCCCAGCAGCCCGUCACAAGCCCUGCCCAACAAGGACCCCAACUCUGGCGUGGUGGAUGGUCCGCGGGUCAUCAACGUCAUCCUGCCUGACCAGCGAGCUCACUUCCUGCAGCAGCUGGGCUACAUCCUGGCAACGCUGCUGCUGCUCGCUCUCGUGCUGCUGGCCAUCGUCCUGCUCACACGCCGCGCCAAGGGGCCAGUGCUGGAGUACGACCCUCGCAAGAUGGAGAAAAGUCACAUGAGCGCUAAUGACCUUGAGAUGGUUACCACGGAAAUGAAGAUCUAUCAGGACGAGCCGAAACUUGACUACAAAAACAACCUGCUGAAGGAGAAAGCAGAACUCACCAAAAUGUGCUCCCCAAAAGCCAUUGACCUGGACAAAGAGAUGGCGAAGGCGUGCUCGUACUGAGGGGGCGGAGUCCUGCUGGCUGGCCCAGGGGCAGGUGCACAGAGGCGAUGGAUACAACAGAGGAGGAGGAG